GACAAGUCAGUCUCCAAAUUUAAAUGUAACGGACCGCGUAUUUUACACGAUCAAGGAAAAAAGUAAAUACUGUACAUCGGAACAUUGGCAAGAGCCCAAAGUAACUGCAACAGAACAUCUCAGACAUGUGCUAAAAAAAUCUGCUAGAAGAUACCUUUUGUCACCGGCAUACACAGAUACUGCAAAAUGGGAAGGGAGACGGAAAGACCCUCAAAACCUGGCUGAAUUAGCAUUUCUAAUGGACAAGACUUAUGAGAGGAAGUUGCCUGUCAGCUCCUUAACCAUAGCACGGUUUGUUGACAACAUAUCCUCAAGAGAAGAGAUUGAUCAUGCGGAGUAUUAUCUGUACAAGUUUCGUCAUAGUCCAAAUUGCUGGUACCUCAGAGAAUGGACCACGCACAGCUGGGUUAGACAAUGUCUGAAGUAUGAGGCCCGUGACAAGGCACUACACACCCUGAAGAAUAAGGUGCAAUAUGGAAUAUUUCCAGAUGACUUCACAUUUAAUUUGCUGAUGGAUUCCUUUUUAAAGGAUAAAGAUUAUGAAGGUGCUUUCUCUGUGGUGGUGGAAGUGAUGUUGCAAGAGGCUUUUGAUCUGCCCUCGACUCAGAUUUUGUCACUACACGCUCUGACCAAGUAUUUAGAAACCAAGCCUGAAUUCAAGUGGGAACAGGAGAGAAACCUUGGGGCCGCGUUUCUGAUUGCAGCUAUGAAACAGGAGAACACCGUCGGCUUCAGUUCCCAACUGCUUGGCUACUCUCUUCUCGGUAAAGUGGAACUGUGCAAAGGAAUCCAUGCUGUCUUCCAUCAGAUGCCACUGAUGUGGACGUCUGGCUAUCUCAGCAGGGCCUUGGAAGUGAUGGAGAAAGUGUCUUUGUCACAUGGCGAUAUCAGACUGUCAAAAGAAGUAAUUGAAUUUCUGGAGGUGAUACUGCUGGACUGCUCCUCAGUUGUAGAGGCUACCACAACUGAAGGCACAGAUGACUCUCAGGAAACCAAGACCAAAGCAGCAGAUCUUGAUGACGAGGACCUAUUAGAGAGGGAAAAGCUAGCUGAAUACACAAACACAUUCAAAGAGCUGUGCAGUAGGCUUCAGUCGCUUGACAAGGUCGAUUCGAGGAGCAUGGUGACCCUUACCACCCACCUAGUUGACGAACAGCUAGCUUCAGUGGAGGGCGCCGACAUUGCACUGUACGAAAAGAAGCUCCAGGAGUGGGAGGAGGAGAGAGAGCAGCUCAUCAGGAGAGAGAGGGAAAUGAGAGAAAAGGCACGACUGGAACGAGAGGCCAGGCUGGCAGCCAAAGCGUCAGCGUAGUAUAAGAGUCUGACAAAAACAUCACAAAUUUGGACUCUUAAUGUCUUCUACAUGCCAGGUUUGGAACAGUUCAAACAGUCAUACGUCAUAGGGGACAUAUUCUAUUUUAAUUGGCUGGGUAUGUUCAAGAAUUCUCAUAAAUAGAAUAAAAUAGAAUUUUGUUGCAUUAGAUCCUAAAGACACAUUUGUAUUUUACCUGCACACCAGUAAUACACAAAAUACCCAUUUUUCAAAUUGUGAAGAUUGGCUACAUAUAUUUGAAUAAUGUGUAAAUCCCAGUAGUAGUGUAAUAGAUCUUUGUAGAUAAGUUAUAUCCUAAAUUGCUGUGCUUGAAAGAAUACUUUAAAAUCUGUAUUGGGGCAUUUGAGUAAAUAAUGUAAACAUGAAUGUAAACAGAUUAAAAUGUUAUAUAAUUCAGGAAUAAUCAUGCAAGGGGAAAAAAGGCAGACAUUCAGAAAACCUCAUUGGUUUCAUUCUGGAGACUUGUGAUUCAUGUGACUUUCCACAUCAGUUCUGAAUUAGCUACAGUUCAGUUAUUAAAAGUAGGUCCAACGUUUUGAAAACUUAUUAUGCAGACUAUCUCUUUCUGUAUAGGAAAUGAUUAACGUUGUAUUUACAAUAAUGAAAGAAAUUGUGUAAAAAAACCUGACAAAUUCUUAAUUAUAAAAUGAGAAAAAAGCUCAUCUAGCAUGUACACAUGUUCUGGGGCUAGUAAGAUAUUCAGUUUUGGGGGGCAACAAAUAUUAGAGUUUCUAUUAAAAUGAUGUUUUAAGGCAAGGGCAUUCUAUGCUUUGACUUGUUGUGGAGUAAUCCAUUGGCUAUAGGAUAUAUGAAAGUACUGUAGGUGCAAAUAGUUUUUUCUCUGCUGUUGGUUAUGCAGAGUUGUCAGUGCAGUCUGAGGAUUGCUGAAUUAAUCCAGCUCUUCUUUAAUAUUAAAAGAACAUAUAUUACAGUUAUGUCCUGAAUGUAUGUAAUUCGUGUUACACUGCUUUUUAAUUUCCUGUUGAUAUAUUUUGCAUGGUAUUGUCUACCUGUAAAUCCUUUUAUAAUGUCAGCAGUCUUUCCAUUUUAAAGUCUUUCCAGAUAAUUCUGUGCUGCAAAAUAAAAGGAAGAAAAGUGUGA